AGGCGCUCACUCUCCUCUCUGGGCAGCUCGCCCGGUCUCCGCGCAGUGAGAGGGAGGGAGCGCCGGCCGCGGGAGCGCGAUGGAGAGCAGCAACCCGCGGCCCCCGAGGCCCAGCCCGGGCCCCGCGCUGAGCCUGGACGCCCGACUGGGCGUGGACACGCGCCUCUGGGCCAAGGUGCUGUUCACCGCUCUCUACGCGCUCAUCUUCGCGCUGGGCACGGCGGGCAAUGCGCUGUCCGCGCACGUGGUGCUGAAGGGGCGCGCCGGGCCCCCGGGGCGCCUGCGCUACCACGUGCUCAGCCUGGCGCUCUCCGGGCUGCUGCUGCUGCUGGUCAGCGUGCCCGUGGAGCUCUACAACUUCGUGUGGUUCCACUACCCCUGGGCGUUCGGCGACCUGGGCUGCCGCGCUUACUACUUCGUGCGCGAGCUGUGCGCCUACACCACGGUGCUCAGCGUAGCCAGCCUGAGCGCCGAGCGCUGCCUGGCCGUGUGCCAGCCCCUGCGCGCCCGUCGCCUGCUGUCGCCGCGCCGGACCCGCCGCCUGCUGUCGCUCGUCUGGGCCGCCUCGCUCGGCCUCGCCCUGCCCAUGGCAAUCAUCAUGGGGCAGAAGUACGAGCUGGAGACGGCUGACGGGGAGCCGGAGCCCGCCUCGCGCGUGUGCACCGUGCUGGUGAGCCGCGCCACGCUCCAGGUCUUCAUUCAGGUGAAUGUGCUGAUAUCCUUCGUGCUCCCCUUGGCAUUAACUGCCUUCCUGAACGGGGUCACUGUGAGCCACCUGGUGGCCCUCUGCUCCCAGGUGCCGUCCACUUCUGCCCCGGGCAGCCCCACCCCCAGCCACGUGGAGCUAACGAGUGAGGAGAGGAGGACGCCCCCCCUGGGGGGCCAGGCCAGCCUGGUGAGACACAAGGACUCCAGCCGGCUCCGCCGUCUCCAGCACAGCGUCCAGGUUCUCAGAGCCAUUGUGGCUGUGUAUGUCAUCUGCUGGAUGCCGUAUCACGUCCGCAGGCUCAUGUACUGCUACGUUUCCGAUGACGGGUGGACUGGGACACUCUACAAUUUCUAUCACUACUUCUACCUGGUGACAAACACGCUUUUCUACGUUAGUUCAGCGGUGACCCCUGUCCUGUACAACGUCGUGUCCUCCUCCUUCAGAAAACUCUUCCUGAAAGCCCUAGGCUCCCUGUGUCGAGAGCACCACCGCAUGGAGCAUGACCCCAGGGAGCCCCGGAGCACCCCCUGAAUGGACCCAGCUUCGGGCUCCGGGGAUCCCCCAGACACGCCGACCUG